UGCGGGGCGCUCGGAGCGGCAGCGGCGCGGCAUGGCCGGCUGAGGCGGGCGGGAGCCGCCGCCGCCUGGCCCCGCUCCCUGGCCCCUCUCGGUGGGUGAAGGAGCGCCUGGAUGUAUGAAUGAAUGAAUGAAUGAAUUAAUGGCGGAGCGCCGCGCCGCAGCAUGAGGCGCCGCCGGCCGAGGACCGCGCCCGGUCUCGCCCUGCUCUGCCUCGCCGUCCUCCUGGCCGCCGCCGCCGGGCUGCCCUCCGGCACCGCGCCGCCCCCCGAGCCCGGCAGCGGCAGCGGCGGCCCCGCUGAGGGCAGCCCCGGCACCGUGCCGCCGGUUCGGCCCCGCAGCACCGCCGCGCCCACCUGGGGCAGCGCUUCACCACCACCGCCGCCGCCUCCGGAGGAGGAGGAAGAGGAGGCGGCGGUGGCGGAGGAAGAGGAGGCGGCCGCGAGCAGCAGCCCCGCAGGAGAUAUCUGCAACUGCAGCGUCGUGGGGAGCGCCAGCGCGGCCGAAUGCAACGUCACGACGGGGCAGUGUCCCUGUCUCGAUGGCUACACCGGGCUGUGGUGCGAGAUCUGCGCCCAGGGCUUCCACCAGGAGCCGAACAGCCAGCAGUGCCGGCCCUGCGGCUGCAGCCCCAGUGGCUCCAGCAGUGCCCAGUGUGACCACUCUGGGAAAUGCCAAUGUAAAGCUGGUGUCACGGGCCUGAAGUGUGACCAGUGCAGUGAUGGAUACUACAGGUUUAACGAAACCACCUGCGAGCCGUGUCAGUGCAACAACCGCUCCAAAACCUGCGACAGUUCCACAGGCACCUGCCUGCACUGCCAGGACAACACCCAGGGGAAGCACUGCGAGCUCUGCAAGGAGGGAUUCUACAGGAGCGCCCACGGCUGCCACCGCUGCCCCUGCUCCACCGUGGCAUCCACCGGCACUUGCCGAAUACCGCCCGGUGAAACCGCCCCGAGGUGUGACCAAUGCAAAACCGGCUACACCGGCCCCAACUGCAACCAGUGCGACAACGGCUACUACAACUCCGACAGCAUCUGCGUCAAGUGUAAAUGCAACGGGAACGUGGACCCGGCGCGGUCACCCCGCGUGUGCCGGCCGGACAGCGGGGAGUGCAUUGGCUGCCUGUACCACACCGCCGGCUUCCACUGCCAGGACUGCGAGGACGGUUACGUCCGAGAGCCCGAGGGGAACAACUGCACCAAGAAAGAAGCCACUCUUGGCCCAGAAACAAGGGAGUUUACAACUUCUGCUCCAAAUGCCAGCAAGGCAACAGCAUUUUCAACUGCAGUGAUAAACAGUACGUUGCCUCCAACAACUAUACAGACGAUACUUCCUAUAAGUUCCUCUGACAAUAGCACCGCUGCUUUUGCAGAUGUUUCGUGGACCCAGUUUAACAUAAUUAUUUUGACAGUUAUCAUCAUCGUUGUGGUCCUACUAAUGGGCUUCGUGGGUGCUGUCUACAUGUACCGUGAGUAUCAGAACAGGAAACUCAACGCCCCGUUUUGGACCAUUGAGCUCAAAGAGGACAAUAUCAGCUUUAGCAGCUACCACGACAGCAUACCCAACGCCGACGUCUCGGGGCUCUUGGAAGACGACGGCAACGAAGUCGCACCAAACGGGCAGCUGACGCUGACGACACCCAUGCAUAAUUAUAAAGCUUAGAAGAAGCAGCGGUGAUCCAGCUAUUGCAAAGUUGGCGUAGAAGAAGUUACAGGGCUUGUUGGAGGGUAUCGGGGUCCGCGCCGAGGCUCCACGCUGAGGAAUUUGCUCUGCAGAUACUCUUAGGCUGGGUGAGCUGUAGCUCGCAGGUGAACAGGAAAACAAGUGUAGUACAUCCGAAUUUCAGGUAAUAUGGUGGAAUGUAUUCAGUGUCCUGUUCUCCGUAAAGAUCCAUAGAAUUCACUGUUGUUAAAGACUUGACUAUGCUGAUCUUAAAAUAUAUUCUCAUGAAGAGGUGGUGGGGUGGGAAAGCAGGACCCCAUGACUGAUCAGAAGCUACUCCAUUUCCAGCCUUUAGUUUGAAAAGUAGCUCAAGAAUUAACAGUGGAUUUUCAGGAAACAGACCUUUGCAAAGGCUUCGUGUUAGUUCCUGAUAUACAUUUGUUCAAAAAGGAGGACAAAAAAAGGGAAAUAAUUGUUCACUGUACUAGCAAGAGGCAAGUAGAGGAGUGAGUUGCACACUUCAAAGAAGUCACCAUUAGCAGUUUCCAGUAAGUAGGGAAACAGGAAUAAAAAUAAUGAAAAUAUUGGAGUUAGGGAGGAGGCCGAGCUUUUCCCUUUCUGAGUUAUUUAUACAGGGUGAUGAUGCUAUUAAAACAUAGCAAUCCAUUUUUUCUUCUAGAAGGAGUUAAUGAACUUGUAUAGUUCCUGUGCAAGGGAAGAUGACAAGACAUCUCAGGGUUGCCAUGUAAAAAUAAACGCUAGGCUUAAUACCCUACCUACCCUGAUAGAAAUGGUGUGUUCUGUAUAUAAAAUGUAAUAUAUCUUAUCGGAAUUGUAUUUGUAAUUAUUUGUAAAAAAGACAACCAACCAAAAAAGUCCCAAUGACAACUCCCCAACCUCCCCUAUUCCCCAAGUCAUAUUUUGUCAUUUAGAUUUUAAUUGUACAGCGGUUAGUGGAGUUGUUUAAAAAGGAAAAAAAAUGCGGAUUGUUUAAAAUACUGUAAAUUAGACGGCAAUAUUGUUGGAGCUGGGACUCUGGCAAACACCGACUGCUUGAAGCUUUUCUUCUAGUGUCACUAAAUAACUUUCUUUUUUAGGGAAAAUGUGAGUGCUCCCUACUUGCAUCUGUCAAAUUUCUCCAUUCCUUGAAAUACUGAGUGAAUACCAGUGUUGCCAUGACUAGCACUUAGUAGGUGUCCAAAAAUCGGAUGUACCGUUCUGUUACUUGUUUUUAAAUCUUUAUACAAAAUGCAAAUACACUGUCACGGAUGCGUUGAGAGCCUGAUCUCCAUGGCUGAGCUUUUCCCAAGCGACUGCUCACGCCAUGGUGGAUCUCGUUGCCAUCUCUCCCGUGCGGACACGGUGACAAGGGGACAAAAAUCCCCUGGAUAUGGGUGGAAACGGCUUUUAGCUGAAGAGCUUCCAGGAGCCGAUCUGCGCUUCUAGAUUUAAAAGCUGAAAGCGCAUGGAUGCUUUCAGGAAAUUUAUGUAGCACAAGGCGGUGAUGGGGAAUCAGCUGUCAAAAAAACCCACAGGGGACUUUAGGUUUUACAGAUUCCCCUGAUUUUUGUGGGAGGCUGGCGGACUGUUAGUGCGGGGAGGACAACAGCACAGCUCACCGCUUGGUACCUGCACCGUGCCCUCCCUGUGCUGGGGAGCCGCCAGGUCCCACCCAUGAAAAUCAAUAGUUAUAUUUAAGCAAGGUGUGAAACAAAUAUUUCACUGAACUCCUGACCAACCUCAGAACUCAAGCGGCGUUGCUGUGCGUGUUGGUGCUUUGCAGGCGGUUGCUGCUGGGGAUAAAUGAAGUACCUGCUGAAGGGCAGCGGGAGCCGACUGAUGCAUCCUCAGAGCCAGGCAGAAGUCAAUAUUUCUCAAGACGAGAAACAGUAGGAAGGAUGUGGUGAUUAUUUAUUUGCUUUCUGGUGCUGCAUGGAGGCUUUUCUUAUUGGAGACUUUUUUUUGGGGGGUAGGGGGGAGAAUAGGUGCUUUAAACACAUGCACAAAGAUGCCAUUUCUGCCUCAAAAACUUGCUGCCUGAUAUAAGGAUGAGGCACGGCAAGUAAGAAGGAAAAUAGUUGAGGAUGACCAAGGGAAAUGGUGAGGGCAGAAUGUGAUGUUGUGUGUAGGCCUGAGCCGAUGGGAAAGCUGCUGCCUGCUGUAGGCCAGGGUGAGGUCCCAUAUUUAGGUGAUAAAUUUGGCUGAUGUCAUUCAGAGCAAUGUUAGUUAUGAAACGGGGGAGGACUGGAGGAGAAAAUCUGGAUAUUGGUAAUCCUUGAGUUACUCAUCAAACUUUUAAAGAGCAGAGUGGUGACAAAAUAGAAGAUUUCCUAAAAAUCGUAAUUAUUUAGCAGUGCUGAUUUAGUGAUACACUUGCACUUGGUCACUUCAUGGGGUGGGGAAAGGUAAUUUAGGAAGUGUUAGGUGGGGCUAAUGCCAGCAGGCAAAGUGAAGGACACAUUGUUCACUUUAAUGUUUCCAAAAUAUUUUAGUAGAUCUUUUUAUCUUUGCCACAAAACACCUCUUCCUCAAGUUUUGCUAUGAUUCCAGGCUACUGUGUAACAGGAAUAGGCUUGGAUUUUUCCCUCAGUGAGGAAAUAUCGCAGGUCUGCAAAACCAGAGGGUGAGUUCAGGUGCUGAGCCCUCCGAGUCCCUGCCCACGGCAGCACGGGACGUGUUUGCAUCCGGGCUGCUUCUGACCUCCAAACUACUGCAAACGCUUUGUGUCUGAGCAGAGGAGGAGGUCAGGAUGCCUUACAGUCAGUCUGCAAGGGAGGUUGGUCCAGCCAUGGCCUGCGGGUCGUGCAUCUGGAUGAAAUGAUCUAGACAGCCCUUGCAGAUGUGGUGGGGAGCUUUGUUGGGCAGGGAGGACCUGGCUGCCCAGGUUUGGCCAGCAGAGGAAAGCACAGGAUGUUCUUUAGCAGGGAGUGGAGCACAGCAAGGAUGUGGCAGCGGGACAACGCUUGGCAGAUGGCAGAAUGAGUCGGCACGAAGACACCAACCACCUCCAGCUCAACCAGGCCUUUGGCGCAGAGGAACAGCAUUUAUAAAAGAUCAAUGCCUCAGCAAGGAAAGAAUAAACAGCUUCUUGUUUGACGUGGGUGGUGGGGAUUAGAUCUUCCUUGCUGUGUCCAUCAGUCAUGCAGCUGUCCCCUGGGUACCCCCGGGGGUGAGGAAGGAGCUGAGCUGGCUGUAUCUCUGGUCAGCUCAGGUUGGUGUCAUACUUGGAUGGGGUGCAGAGCUGAAACACCCAUGCCAGGGUACUAAAGGCCACUAGGACCGCUGACCUGCUGUGUGGCAUAACUUGUCAUGAAGCUGCCCAGACCUUGAGGUUUGCUAUGUGCCGCACUGGGGUUUGGGCAGGUAAACCAGAUGUCGACUUAGAGGGCUGCGCUAGUGCCCAGCUCGGGAGCCAUGAAGACAAGGGGAAGGCAUUGAGGUGACUUCUGGGGCUGGUGUGGCGAUGCAGAUACUGGUGGCACUGCUGAAGGGCCACCACGCGUCACCUUCUAACUGAGCAUGUGUCCCUGUCUGGCUGCAGUGGUGUGGCUGUCGUGGAGAAGGGCAGCUGGUGGCGUGGUACGUUGGCUGUAGAGCAUGGAGAAGGUACGACAAGGCAGGGAGGGCUGGAAGGAGGUUGGAAACCAGCUCUCAAGGCAAGUUCCUCAGGGUCGUGAGGGCCCUGUGGAUCCAGCUGGUCUGGGUGGGGUGAGUUCAGUUCCACAGGCCAGUAACUGAAGGCAAGAGGAUAUAAUGGAGUGAGAAAAGGGCAAAAAGCAAUGAUGUGUCACAGGCACGGGGCAGCCUGGGUGGCCCACAGAUUGGGAGAGCAGUUGGUAAGCACAGAGCACGACAGAUGUGGACAGAUGAUCUCAAAUCUGACGCUGUUGCUAGAAAUAACCGUGUGGAGCGCGAGCCCUGGGGAGCUGUCAGGAGAUGUCAUCCCGUGCAAUGGCAAUUCCCUCGGACCAGGCUGAGCAAACAGCGCGCUGGAAGGCGCGUGUGAAAGAGGAGGGGAUGUACUGAGCAUCCUGCAGGCAUCCCGGGCCAGGUAACCCCUGCUGUACAGCAUCUGAAAUGUUACAUGCAAUGUAAAUGUAGCAGAAAGUUUGCACAGUCUCCUUUAUUUAAAGGAUAGAAGAUCGAAUCCUAAAAAUACAUUUCUCUUUAAAGUGAAGUUUUGAAAUGAGCUCCCACAGGGCCCUGCGCUUCGUGUGUCAGAGGAAUGGAUUAAAAUAAGAAAAAUGUGGGCCUUAAAAGUUGUACUUCCUCCCAAAUGAAACCCAUCAGUCUUACUACACAUCCAAAUAAGGCGUCUCCUAAGCAUAUGCUGUGCUUACAAAUGCAUUUCUAAAGAAAAAAAAAGUGUAUGAUUUGAAUAUAUGUCAGAAUUUAUACAGAAGAAUGUUAUUUAAAAUGAAUAAAAAUAAAUGUAUAUAAUUUGUAUCUAUGCCA